AUGGAGCUCGAGAAGUUGGACCAGACGCUCAAGCGCGUGCACCCGAAGCUGCAGUUCGCGCAGGAACAGUCCCCCGAGAUCGACCUCCAGGCAACAAUCCAAAGCAUGCUGCCGAAGACGUUACGCCUGAAUGGCCAAUUAUCUUCUGUAAGGCCCAUGCCAGUCUACCCUGGGGACGGCGAGAGGGCCGCCGUGCCGCGGCUCGUGGUGGUGACUGGCCACAAGGGCGUCGGCGGCAAUGUGGGGUUGAACGGCGUUUACGAGCGCCACCCAGACAAUUUCUGCAGCCGCCCGGUGUACCAGAAGUUCUUGGAGAAGCGCCGCGACGUCGUGAAGCCCGCCUCGUCGGCAGAGCCGCUUGGCUCGCCCGAGUUGCAGGCCUCUUCCUCCAAGGGCCGCGGGCACCCGCGCCUCGAGCUGCGGGACAUGCCGCCGCCGACCAUCGGGCGCGCUGGCGGGAUCACGUACAACCAGACAGCGGCGUACAUGAAGGCACCGAAGGUGAAGCCGAAGCCGAAGUCGGACAGCCUGGACAGAGUCGGCACGGCGCAAGAGGUGUGGUUCCUCUACUUCAUGGACGCCCAGGGGCGUUGGUGCAUCGGCCCGUUCGUCGGCUCCCAAGAGGCCUACGCGAGGUGCCCGGGCUCCGGCGAGACGGUGCCCGACGGUCUCGUCGGCUGGGAGGUGUGGGACAUGGGCCUGAAGUAUUGGCGGCGCCAGAACCGGAUGCAAGCUGUCAAGGGUGGAUAUUGA